AAUCGAAAUACACAUGCCAAACAAAGAUGACAUUAAUUCAAUAGAAAGAGAAAUACAAAAGUGAAAAUAUGGCGGAAUAGACAGUAAAGUGGGGUUGAUGAAGAUCAAAAUAAGAUUUAUUUGAUUGUUUCUAUUUAUGAAAUAAUGUUAAAUUAAAUAACAAAAGCGGUAAAUGAGUGCGGUGUGUCGUCGAUAUAUUAUGUAGGUGGGAAGUGCGUCGAUAAAUCCACCCUUUCGGAGUGGUGAGGUGUACAUACAAAAAAAAUAAGUGACAAUUGAGCUUGGAAUAAUAAGGGUAUGAUUUCAAGCCAUGGGUGCUCAGAAUACCAAGGAAAGAAAUAUUUCUGUGGGAACCCAUUCAAUUAGAACCACAAGAAAUAGACCUAGAAUUGCAAAAGAUGGACGUCAGCCCAUUUCCAAUAUUUUCACCGAACACAGUGAGGCUCUUUUACAAAGUCGACCUUUGCCACAUAUUCCGAGCCUUCCUGAAUCGGAUCCACCAGGAAGUCAUAACACUAAUACCAUCAAUUCCAGUCUGAGCACCCUAUCGAAUUCUUCCACUAGUGGAGCACCCUCUACACCCAUCUCAUUCGAGACUGCCAAUAGAUGGACCUCAAAAGAAAACCUCCUAGCCCAAGAAGAAGAUGACCCUCAACUCUUUGUUGCUUUAUACGAUUUUCAAGCAGGCGGAGAGAAUCAACUUAGUCUUAAAAAAGGAGAACAAGUUAGAAUAUUAAGCUACAAUAAGAGUGGGGAGUGGUGUGAAGCGCAUUCUUCUACUAACCAGGUUGGUUGGGUACCAUCGAAUUAUGUAACUCCUGUAAAUUCUCUAGAAAAGCAUUCCUGGUAUCAUGGACCAAUAUCAAGGAAUGCAGCUGAAUACUUACUUAGUUCUGGUAUCAAUGGUAGUUUUUUAGUACGAGAAUCGGAGAGCAGUCCUGGCCAAAGAAGUAUAUCCUUAAGGUAUGAAGGUCGCGUUUAUCACUAUCGAAUCAACGAGGAUACCGAAGGAAAAGUUUUCGUUACAGCUGAUAGCAAAUUCAAUACUCUUGCUGAAUUAGUUCAUCAUCAUUCUAUGAUAUCAGAUGGCUUAAUAACACAAUUAUUGUAUCCAGCACCCAAACACAACAAACCCACGGUAUUUCCUCUGAGUCCAGAACCUGAUGAAUGGGAGAUUACCAGGACUGAUAUAGUUAUGAAACACAAGUUAGGUGGAGGGCAAUAUGGAGAUGUAUAUGAAGCUAUGUGGAAAAGAUACAACAUGACAGUAGCUGUGAAAACUUUGAAAGAAGAUACUAUGGCCUUAAAAGAUUUUCUCGAAGAAGCUGCCAUCAUGAAGGAAAUGAAACAUCCAAAUUUAGUUCAACUGAUGGGUGUUUGUACGAGAGAACCACCAUUUUACAUAAUCACUGAGUUCAUGAGCAAAGGAAACCUCUUAGAUUAUUUGAGAAAUGGUAACAAAGAUCAAAUUAAUGCCAUAGUACUUAUGUAUAUAGCUACACAAAUAGCGAGUGGAAUGAAUUAUCUGGAGAGCAGAUGUUUUAUUCAUAGAGACUUAGCAGCCAGGAAUUGUCUUGUGGGUGAAAAUCACUUAGUCAAAGUUGCUGAUUUUGGUCUUGCAAGGUUAAUGAGGGAUGAUACAUAUACUGCUCACGCUGGUGCCAAAUUUCCAAUAAAAUGGACUGCUCCUGAAGGCUUAGCUUAUAAUAAAUUUUCCACUAAAUCUGAUGUAUGGGCUUUCGGUAUUUUAUUAUGGGAAAUAGCAACAUACGGUAUGUCGCCUUAUCCUGGAGUUGAUCUAACAGAUGUUUAUCACAUGUUAGAAAAAGGAUAUAGAAUGGAAUGUCCGCCAGGAUGUCCUCCAAAAAUUUAUGAGCUUAUGAGGCAGUGUUGGCAAUGGCAUGCAAAUGAUAGACCUACUUUUAAGGAAAUCCAUCAUGCCUUGGAAAAUAUGUUUCAAGAAUCAAGCAUUACAGAAGAGGUUGAAAAACAACUGCAAGGCAAUGACUCUCCAUCAGUUCCUUUGGGAACUCCAAAUAUGGCUUUCAAAAAGUCACAUUCAGGAAGUACAGGAAAUAUUCAUGGCCUUGUUGGACUAACAGAACCUAGUGAUACUCUCAACAAUACAUCUAAUAAACUCUCUACUUUUACUGGAGGAUCAAAGACUAACGUUCAAAUGAGGCGGUCUACUAAUAAAAAAGGAAUGCCUGCCCCUGCACCUCCCAAACGUACAAGCUUGCUAUCUUCUUGCAGUUCUUUUCGAGAUAGUACGUUUGAGGACCAAGGACAAACAGAAAAUAUAGGAGAGGAUGGGACUGAUUUAAAUGGACUGACUAGAGAACUUCAAACAUUAACGUCAAGUACAAAAUGUGAUAGUGAAAGCGAUUUACAAGAUCAAACUCCUGAUACGGACGAUUCAGGAGCCCAUUCUUAUCCAGAAAUAUCAACCACUAGUAGCUUUAUACCAGGUGCAGGGUCUUUUAAGAGGGUUCCAAUUAUGGGUAAUAAAGGAUUGGAACAAAGAGGGAAAAAGACUAAAUCCAAGGAACCUACGGUUGUAGCAGCUUUAGAAGUUCAAAACGUCCGCAAGGCUAUUAGCAGAUACGGUACUCUUCCAAAAGGAGCUAGAAUUGGUGCAUAUUUGGAGUCUCUUAGACAGAACAACAUGUCCUCUAACGAGGAAGUCAUUGUUCAAGCUGUCAACCCAGUAUUGGAUCAAUCUGAUACCACGCCAAGAUCAUUGUCUCCAAGAACUAGCAUUCGAACACAACCUCAGAUGAUUAGAAGUAACUCAUCCGGAGGAGUUACGACGUUUCACUCUACACAUCCUCCAAGUUCCCCUACUUCUAGUAAGUUAGCUAGAAAUCGAAACAUAACUAGGAAUAACAGCGCUGACGUAAGAAGUAGUUUGAGAAGUUUCAAAACGUCACAAAAUAGCUCUUUUAGGGCUGGAAGCCCUUCAAGAUCGAUCCAACCAACUUUGGCUGAUUUGGAAUUCCCUCCCCCGCCUACAGAUUUACCACCACCUCCAGAAGAAUUUGAUGGAUCUGAUGUUGAUCAAGUAGACUGUAACACGUCCACAAUGACUUCAUCCCAAGAACUAAAAAAGCGAAUCAUUCCUGGAUCACCCCUAACCACCAAAAAAGUAUCUCGCGAAUCUCAACCGACCGAACCGUCUGAAACUAGCGAUGUUAGUACCCUCCAACCUUCUGUAGAGGAAGCAAGUUCGAGAUUCGGUGUUAGUUUGAAAAAAAGGGAAACUGAUAAGGAUAUUAAAGAUGAUGGGAAGGAGCGUGCCAGUCUUACUCUCACUAGUCCAAGUCAAGAUGGUAAAAGUUCCAUCAGUGCCGAUUCCGAUGUUCCUGUUGUUGGUUCCCCAUUAGAACCGUUACCUCCUCCACCGAGUAUUUCAGAAAGUGAUGAAGCCAUAGAAGCUGAAGACAAUAAAUCCUCCAAAGUGUUCAAAAAUAAAUUGGUGAUGAAAGAAAUGGAAUUGAAAUUAGUCGCGGAGAUAAAGGAAAGUCAGAAUUUGAAGAGUAAAAAUAUAAAAGAAUCUCCAAUUGAAACUUUAUUGGCUGUGAGUGGCAUUAGCCAUGAUCCUGUUUCUCAACUCGUAACUGAACUUUCACAAUCUCUCAAUUUAGAAAAAGACCUAGAUAUUAACGUACCACGAAAGAAUACUCAAGGAAAAUUAACAACGAAUAAUGGAGUAACAUUUGUAUCACAGCUCAAAAAAGUAGAUGCUAAAAAAUCCAUUAAUACUACUAAAGAAAAAGUCGAAAAAGACACUUCCGUCAUCAUAGAUUUUAAAUCCAGACUAAGAAAAGUCGAAAAUGAUAAAAAAUCCGAUGAAAGAGAAGACAACGAAUUUGAACUCAAUAAAAGGGAAAGCACUGCUAGUUCUGACAGUGGAAACUUAAAAUUAGAUGAUAGUGAUGACAAAAGGAAGAGCACAGGCAGCAUUAGUAGCUUAAAAAAACUCUGGGAAGCCAAAGAUAAUUCCGAAACGGGAGGAAACAUCCAAUUGAGUCCCAAAUUAUCAAUUAAAAACAGCAAAGCUGAAGAAAUAUUCGAGAGCUCGCCAGUAGAAACUUCAGAUGAAUCGGUUAAAUUAGAAAAGUCCAUAAAAACUGAAAAAAAAUCUUGGCCUCCUGCACAAGAGGAAAAACCUGUUAUUCCCACAAAACCAGCAGUAAAAGCUUUAAAACCUUUGUUGGGUCGAUCGGCAGGAUCUGCAAUUUACGCUACGCCAAUGGCUACCACAAACACUAAUUAUUCAAAGCCCCCAAUAAUGACCAAACCUGCUACAAUUGAGACCAAAACACCAGAAGAGGAGACCAAAUUAUCAAUGAUUGACAAAAGUGGGAAGGAUAACAUUUUGGAAAUAUCUCAGGCCUUGGAAACAACUUUGAACAGCAUCAAAUCGAAUUCCGCUGUUUCAUCCGCGACUUGGUUACAGUUAUCUGACAAAAUAGGUUUAUUGCACGGUAUUUGUAUGGAUUAUGCCGAUAAUGUAGUCCCGGCACAUACCAAAUUCCAAUUUAGGGAACUGUUAACGAGAUUAGAAAGUCAGGCUAGACAGUUACGGUCGGCAGGUUCGAGAAAUUCUAGCGAAAACACCCGAUGUCUCAACGAAGUGAAUAAUACUAUUAAAGAUGUUGUAAAUGUCGUUUUUCGUUAAAGAAAUUUCAAAUCGACUCCGACUUACAAUUAUCAUUAUACGAAUGUUAGGACCAAUUUGUUUAAUGUUUCGAUUUUCUGUAAGGUAAGUUGCAUAUUUCUGACGAGAAGUGUGUGAAUGUCGAAAGUAUUUUUUUUUAUUUGUUUUCAAGUUUUGGAUUUUUGUUUGUGAAACACUGUACACUGUCAAAAGAAAAUGGGAUUAUCCAUGUGAAGUUCAGUGUGAUCGUUUCAAAUGAAAUCACCUCUGUUAAUAAUUCUCAGUAUUGGUAAACAACAUUAUAUGUUAAUUAUUUUUUUUAUUAUUCAUAAAUCGACAAUGUAAUCAUUAUUUAAUAAAUUUUAACAUAAAUUUGUCCGGUUAAAUGUUUUAUAAAUAUUUCAGGAAAUUUUUAAUAAUAAUUAUAUAUAUUUUUUAGUAAUAAUUCGAUUAUAUUAUCAUUCACUAAUAUUAAUUUUCUGUAGCUCCUCAGAAAAAAGUCAUUAGAUCAAAAGACAAAAAGGCAAUCAUUCAAUCAGCAUACAGUUUUGAACACCGAUUAAUUAAGUUAUUUUCAACCUAUGUUUUAAUCAAUUUAGGGAUAGUCCUUCCAAACAAACUACAGAUGUACAAUCGUAUUCCUAAAUUUCAAUCAAUAGCCCAUUAUAUGUAGAAUAUACCAAAAACAUAAUAUAUUGUUGAAUCUACAUAAUUUUCAAAUUACAAUUGGUAGAUUACACCUAUAUAAUCAAUAAUAAGACAAAAAAGAUAUUAAUUUCCCUUUUUAAUUUUCUCCAUAAUCAAAGCAUACUGUUCUGAUUAGUCUUCCGUUCCAUUUUAAUUUCUCGCAAUAUUUUUGGUGCAAUGAGUAAUUGUCAAAUCUAGAUAACAUGUAUUCUGAACUGCAUUCAAAUUUAUUUACUUCUUUAGAUUCUCAUCUUAGUAGGCAUAAGAAAAUAUUAUCAACAAAUGAUCAUGAUAUUUAAUUCCUAUUAAAUAAUCUAUUAGCAUUGGUGCUUUCAAGAAACGAUUUUGUUUUUAUGCAUAUAAAACAUACUGAACAAAUCUGGUUUCUAUAUUUACUUCACUAAACUGUGAUACAGCUUAAAUAAUUUUUAGGCAUUUCGAUAUGCUCAACAAAUAAUUUAUUCUCUACAUUCAACCUUUCAUAUCUUAAUGUAUUUAUACUACUUUUGUGACUAGCACUUGACUUAUGAAAUGCUAAUUGUAUUGAGAAUGCAUGCUUUGAUAGUUUUUGAUAGAUACUUAUAUUUUAUAUAUUUUUUACUAAUUACUGAGAUUCUAAUUUGAUUCUUCAAAAAAUGUUAGUCACAACAAAAAAUGAUGAACAUGAAUGCUAGAAGCUCUCUAUAUAUUUAUUGAAUGUUAUAUCAUUUAUUUUGGAAACAUGGUGAUCCGUUUACAAUGAGCAGUUAUUUUUGUCCAUAUAUAAUUAUUUGGAAUAUUUUUCAAUUGCUGGCAUGUGAAAUACUCAUUAAAAACAAAAAUUUUGACUUUAUGGUAAGGUACUAUUCAUUUAUAGUCAUAAAUAGAUUUGAAUAUUAAUUUGUGAUUCUCUACAAUUACAACUCAUGAAUUUUUCAUUCUAUUCUCAUCCUUGUACUCUUAAAAAUGAAAAAUAUUUACGAAUUCUAAUCAAUUUAGAAAAGGAGUUUAACAAAUUAAUAAAGAUAAAAUAUAUUGUCACUAACUUGGGAUUUCCUCUCUAUAAUUGAACAUUCUUGCCAAUUACUCUCUCUUGCCAAUUAUUUAUUUUUGCAUUUUAUCGAGUCUAGCUCAAUAAUUCUUUUUUUUUUCUACUGUUUUUCUUCCUUAACCUCCUCCAUCGAUCUUCGAAAUUAUCAUUCAUUACAUAGCUUUCUUUAUAUUCAAAAUAAUGUUGAUAUUGUUUUUGGAAUGAUAGAAUCACCUAAGUGUUUCUAAUUGUAAUUAUUUUUCUAUUUUGUCAUUUAUGUGUAUUUGCAAUACAAUUUUGUACCUCCAUCCUUUCUUCUGUCUAACCUCAAAACUAUGUGAUUGCUAUUUUUUUCCUUUUUACUAAAUCAGUUGAUUUUGAAGACUGAGUCUGAUUUACAAUUUUAUGAAUUUGAUAUUUGAAUAAGAAAAAAAGAGAAUAACUUGCUCAGAGUCUCUAAACACUAUUUUUAACGAAUAAAGAUGUAAAUAAAUUUGUUUAAUAUGUCUGACGAUGUCUAUCAAGUAUUUUCCGAAAAGCAGUUUGGUACACAAAAGUAGUAAUUAAAAUAGAAUUAAAUAUUUAUAUAAGCUUAUGCUAGUCUUUGUCUUUGUAAUAUAAUUUUUGGUUAAUUACAUUGUGCGUGGGUGAAUGUCUCCUUAGUGGUAUAAGAUUUAAGAAAAACCUGAUUCAACUGUAAAGUUAUUUUUGUCAACAAAUUUUCUAAAAUCCAAAGAUUACACUGGUUUGACGAUUUAUCGUUUGUUAUUUUAUGUGAACAACAAAAAUUCGUUUAUUAAUAAGUAACACUGGUCUGCAAAAAAAUAGUAAAGCCCCGGCACUAUUUUCGGCGAAUCCCAUGUAAAAUAUCGUCCUGAAUCUAAAUGUAACUGCCGUUUUCAUCACCCACAAUUUUCGAGGGAGCCUCGCACGUUUAUUUUUACCACUUUUCGAUAAUAAUAAUAAACUUUGAUUUUGAAGGGGUAAAAAUAACUAUUUCAACUGAAAACAAGGAUAAAUGAUAAAGAUAUAUACCAUUAUUUGCUUCCUUUUUUUACAUAUCCUGGGGUACAUGUGUCUCGUUCCAAAAACCAGCAGUACUCCACCAAUAUGCUUGCACUCUACUUACCUGAAAAUCUCUUCUCCAUCUCAGUCUUAAUGGAUCAUUUGCGGUGUUCAUCAGAAGCUUCUCCUAAGUUUUGAAAUAAGUCCACGGGCGAGUGAAGGAAGUCUACUUUAAGAGACAUGUUUCAUCUCAUCAAUUUUUAUUAAUGUUGUUAUAUAUUUGUAUUUUAUUGUAGUUUUUAUGUACUUUUAUAUAGUGACAAUGUUGCCAUACACUUUGCUAUAAAUUUUAUUACCUGCUUUCGAUGUUUAAUGGUUAAAAGUAGAAAUAUGUAACAAAUAAGUGAAAAAUAUGUGAUAACUAAGUAGAGGAUGAGGAAAACUGAGGUCAUAUUUGCAAUCAAGAGGUCAUUUUACACAGGAAUGGUCAAGAAUGGUAUCGGGCUGAUUUUCUAGCAGACCAGUGUAAUAGUACCUAUCAAGUAAUUCAUUGAAUUGUUUUUAUGGACUAUAUAACAAUUCCAUUAAUAAUAUUCAUUAACAGAAAGAGCUAGUGGAAAGGGUUGCAGUAGAUGUUCAAUAAUCUGUAUCUAAUUUUGGGCAUUUCAAUUUCUUUGUGCUUUGUUGAUUUGCAUUCUUUUAUAAAUUGAUUUUUACCAUAACAUUAUAUUUUCAAUUAUAUCUAAAGUUAUCAGUUUCAUAUUCUUCCCUUCCUGCUUUCACAUUUUCGUUUAAAAUAUAUUACAUUCAACGACUUGUAAUACUUUUGAAAAUUACAUUGUACAAAAUUUGCCAAAUGCGAAGAGUGCGCGUGACACAAACAUUGUGAGCUUAUAUGUUCUUUUUUCUAAAUUUAUUUCGGCAUAUAAUACUGUUAUGAUUUUUUGGAGUUUUAUUUAUUUAGAGUAUCGUUUUUCCAACUUGAUGAUAUGAAUACGAGUAAGGAGCCUCAUAAGUACAUCUAAUUAAAUAUCAUCACAAAAUUCAAAAACGUUAUCGAAAACAAAGAAACAGACAAACAUACAAAUCAAUAAAAAUAUAGGCAUGAGAGACUUCACUUUUUAUACAUUUGAUGUCUACAUAAAAUGGCAGAAGUAGCUAUUAUUUUAUUUUUUGUUGCAUAAACCCUGAAUAAACCUCCCUAAUACAUGUUUUUGACGAUACAUAUUUCGAAUACAAAGUUACAAAUUAUUAGGAAACUCGAGACGAUCGUCAGUUUGUUUCAAAAUGUUAAUAAUUGUUGGCUGUUAAGGUAUGAACUUUAUAAAAAAGGUGAAAUCUGGGAAAUCCCAUACAUCUCCAGAAAAUCAAUCCAUGUAUGUAUAUUACUUUUACGGCUGCCAUUUUUUGAAAUCUUUUAACACGAUAAACCAAAAGAAUGUCUUACUACUUAUGAGAGCAGAGACAAUAAUAUUGUGUUGUACCUAUAACGAUAAUUAUUGUUUCUGGUGUGUUUUUCAACACAAAAUUACCUGAAUUAUAGAUUAUAAACUGUUUAACUAAAGAUUGAAUCAGUUUAUUCCCCCGAUUUCGGGAGAUUAAUUUAAUGAUAGUUUAAAGACUAUUAAACUUGGUUUAACAGACGGUGCAAUUCAGAAAACAAAAUUAAGCCACUGUUAGAGUUUGAACCAUUGUUAACCUUAGGGUGCAAGCAGCCACAUUAUUUCAAAUUCUUACUAAGUUAAUUAACCCAGGAGUGGUCGCGUUAUUUCGUGUUACGUAUGUAGUCGUGCAUUAGAUUUUUUCUAAAAUUAAGAAAUUCAAAUUAUAAUUAAAUAAUAACACUGUUCUUUCAGUAACCUUUUCUUUUUGGCUUUCAAUGUUUGUCCAAUUUUGGCAGUACCAAUCUUCAAUUCUACUUCUAAAUCUAUAUUUGUCUUAAAUCUCUUCAGCUUACUUGUGACUAGCUCUUCUGUGGCACCUAAAUCCAAAAUAAACCAGCUUUCCUUUUGUGACAGAUUCGCACAAUUUAAUGCUAUGAAUGCAAUUGAAUCAUAUUAUGUUGCUUGAGAGUUGCCUGUUAGCUUGUUUGUCUGUGCAAUAUUCUAGACGUUCUUCUAUUUCUCCUUCUGCCUUGUGACCCGACUUGCCACAUUUAUAACAUACAUACUGAUUUGUGUGCUCUUUGGCUAAUUCUAUAUUUUGUAUUCAACUUUAGUUCUUCUUAAGGCCCGUUUACACGAGUUUACUGAGCAAUUAUUUAGUUAAGUGUUUAGUUAAUUUCAAACCGUGUGAACAGACAGUUUAGUACAGGUACUAAACACUAAACUUCAGCAUUGCUAUGACUAUUGAAAUAUGUUGAAGCUAGAGAAUAUCUCAAAGAUUUUAUCGAUCUGAAUCUUACUUUAUUUUUUGUAUAUAGUAGAUAAACUUUCAGGAAGUGUGUAUAAUUAUGAGACAUUUUAUUAUAUAUUCUUCACCAUCAUAUGUUCUUUCUUCGUGUGUGAGAUGACCUGUUAAGCCAUUGUCUACUACAAAAGUUGUGUCUAACUCAUCAUUUUCUAUGAAAUAGUUCACAGUGUUGUUCUGUCUUCUGAAAUGAUUUUUUUGAUCUCUUUUAUAAUAUUAUACACUUAUCUUUAGGAUAAUUAUCUUUUUUGUAGCAGUUACAUGAUGAAAAUUCCUUACCACUCCAGCAGUUUAUUCUAGGUGCAUAUUUUUGUUGCACUUAUUGUAAUGUUUGAAAACUCUACUACUUGACCGUUUUUUUUCUUGAUUGAGAUUGCUUCGGUUCGAUUUGUCCUUAUUCAUUGUAUAGCCAGUUUUUCUUGAAAAGUUACAUGUACCUUUACAUUUGUGAGUUUUCAAUUUUGUGUUGCUACUCUUAUAUCAUUAUCAUUUCAUUUUUUUCUGCUGUAGUAAUCUCCAACGGAGAUAAUCGAUUUUUUUUCUUUUGCAGGAGUAGAGUUCCAUGGUAGGGUUACAAUAUUUUUGGUUAUUAGCAUUUCCUUAUCUACUGUGAGACGUAUAUUCUUUAGUUCAAAACUUACGGUUUCCCAAAAUAUUUUUAUUCUUGUCAUACUGUAAACAUUUCUGUUGAUGUUUGGGUUUACAUAUGGAUCAAUAGUCCUCGUGGGUUUUCCAUGAAGCAAUUUUCUUCUCAACAUUUUCUGAAUGUCUGUGAGCUUCGUUAUAAAUUCAGUGUUUUCUUUGUUGCACAUAUUAGAUAUUGAAAAUAUUUUACUUGCAGAAUAUUCUCAGUUUCAAAUUAAUUUAUUUAUUAUUAUUUCUUUAUCCUACUUCCGCACUGUACUACACAUUCUAAUUCACACAAAAUGAUGUAUUUCAUUUUUACAAAACUUCUCUUUAAUAAAAAUACUAACACUAUCAUUAAGACAUUCUUAUUCUAGAAACUUGGACAAGACAAGCAUCAUAGAAAUAUCUAACAACAAUUCGCAAACGUCCUACCAAUAUUAUAUUAUAAAUGUUUGUCAUGGUAUAAAAUUUUUCUACUGAGUUUUUAAAAAUGAAAUAUUGAGUAUUCAACAAAAAGUUGGAUUACAUAAAAUUUUUGACCCCAUCAUACCAAUGUGAACAUUAAACUGCAACCCCGUAAGAUUUUAAGGUUUCAAUUUUCUGUUUUCUUUUAAAAGCGGUGUAAAAAUUGUUUAAUAUUUUAUUUGUUGAAUUUUUUUAUGCUUUAUUCCAUAUAUUUUAAAAAAUUCUGAAAACAGUAUUUAGAAUGUUAGGAGUUGAUUUUAAUAAAAAUAUUAGCUUAGAUAGAAAAUACUCUUUUCCUUUCGCCGAUGAGAGAAAGAUUGUAAAUUGUUUCUUGUAACAAUAAUAUUUCAAAAUCCUCCUACUUAAUCCAGUUCAAUAUUAGAAAAAAUCAAAUUUAUUAAGAAUUUGGAUAAAAUUCUUAUGACCUUAGCUAUGCAUUUAAUUUUAAACAUACACCUACGUUUUAUUCAUUUCAAUCACUUUUUAUUUGAAAGUUCCCUAGUCAGAAAACACAAGUGCAUUAUUCAUAGUACAUUUUAUUUUUCUAAUAGGCUCACUUUCUGAAAUGCUCCAUAUUAAUAAUAUAUUUAAAAAAUAUGCUUCAUCAAUUGUGUGUGUUUGAACAGUAAAUUGCAACGAUAUAUUCAAUCUAUGUGCAAAUAAUACUCUUUGAACUUAGAUGCUAAGUGUCAUUAAAACUUGUGUUGAUUGAAUAGUCAUUUAAAAUGUAUUUAUAUCUGUAGCGUUUACUCAUGUUAAAUAUUUUUUAUAUUUCAUAUCUAUUAUACAAGGAAAAAUGAGAAACGAUAUUGAAUAAAUUUGAUUCUUCAUUAUUGCCUUUUUAGUAUUUUCCCAAUGCAGCAACAAUCUUUCAUAUUUAUGUAUAUAGAUGUCUUCAAUUUUUUAUUUCUUGGACACUUUUAUAUAUUUUAGUUGCUGAAUUGUCUCUUUUGAUUAAAAAUGUAUAUUCGAUAAAUAUGUAUAUUAUUAUUACAUAUUGUACAUAAGUUAUGGAUGGUUGAAAGCUCCCAUCUGAAUACAAACUUAAAAGAGGGAAUCUUUUGAAAACUCCAAAUAUGCCUCAAUAUUUUUCCUUGUGAUACAUUCUGGGUUUAUUUUUCAACUUUUGAUAUUCAUUUUUUACCACAUUAUUUAAAUUUCAAUGAUGAUAAACUGUUACUUUUAUCAGUUCAUAUAAAGACACCUUUUUUAAUCACCUAGUGAUACAUUCAAAACCAACAAAUCAAAAAGUACCGAAGUAUCAAAUUUAUUUAACUAAUUAAACAACUAUUUUCUUGUAGAAUUUGCAGAUACAGUAUAAUGGUAAAUAAUAUGAAAUGGGAAAAUGUCAUGAGAAGAUAUUUUUGUUGCUAUGUGUGUUCAUUUAUAAAGGGUGUGAAUUUCACCAAGCGCCGUUGUGAAAGGUGUCUACUUAUUACAGAGGGUGUAUGUUAUACACCAUAAAAUUCUGUAAACGAAAUUUUGUAGAUUAUAUAUACUAUAAGUAAAAAUUGAAUUAAUUAUAAUUUAAAAACUCCCACUUUUCAGCACAAAGCGAAAAAUAUGGAAUCGAGAAUCCGAAAACCAUAAAAAUAACUAUUAUUUAGUACAUUUUAUUCCUAUGUUGUCACUUUUGUGAUUCGUUUGAUCUUCUGGAUAGUGAUUAUUACAUCCCAUGAUAUGCUAGGAGCACAAAAUUAAUUUCUUAUUUGUUAGACCUUUAGAUAUGUUUAUAUUUCUAAAUCGUCUUGAUUUUAGGUCUCUUCUGAUUUGAAAUUGGAUUUUUUCUAUAUUUUUAGGUAGGUAAAAAUUUUACGUUUCCACUAUUUUCAGUCUUUAUCAAAAUAUGAUUUAUCACUGGCAAUUUGUGCAUUUAUAUUAAUCGAUAGAUAUAAAAAAAACUAGUUUUAAAUAGAAGAGACUUAAAAUCAACCUAUGGUCAUACAAAUUUUUGUUGGCUCACAUAUCAUCAAAAAGAAAAAAUACAGACACCUUGAAUAUUCCAAAAUCUUGAUUUCUUGCCUUUUUGAAUCAUUUAUUAAAAAUAAAGUAAUACAAAUAUUGACUUCUUACAAUAUUACAUCCAAAAAUUGAAAUCUAUGACACAGAAAAUAUUAAGGAAGCUUAAUAUACAUUGACCACAACCACCAAUUAUUUUGGUAUUAUGAAUGUAAGCAAAAUGAACGGAUAUAGCUUGUGAAAAAAUAUAUAUUAUACUUUAUGCUUUAUCUGCCGGCAGAUAAAAAUUACUAGUCAACAUCUAUGGAAUUGUCAGUAGAACUAAUAAAACAAGUAAUUUUUUUCUUGUAAUAAAAACUGCUCAGAUCUUUAUAUUUCCCUCAAAUUGCAUUCAAUUUGUGCCAUGCUCUUUCUUUAUUAAAAUAUGGUACAUCAAAACUAAAAAAUAAUAAUGGAAAAAAAACCAAAAAUUCUAAAGUACUUCCUAGCAGAGUACCUAAUUUUAUUUUGUGAUUAAGUAGUAUAAGACGCCAGUCAUGUACUGUCUAUAGGAUAGCAUUUUUUGUACUCGACUAGCAGGUUUUUGACAUUUUUUGUAUAUAUAGUAUAUUUAUAUCUACUCCGCAUUUUGUACAGGCUUCAUAGGUAGGCAAUAACAGACUGUAUCUAUUGAAAAUAAAUUUGCUAAUUUAAAAUAAC